AUGGAUACAGACACCUUUAAGCGCCAGUACGCGGACAUCCUGCGGCGCUAUCUUCGCGGGAUUUCAUACCAGACAUUGUCUUGCGUGUACGACCCGUCUAUAGAAAAAGCUGUUGUACGGCACUUCCGCACCCUCAACUUUUCAACUGAUUUCGUCGAGCGUAUAAUGCCGAUUAUCCACGCGAGCGCCUGGAUAGCGACAAGCACAUAUUCCUUUACACCGCCCAAUGUCCAAGAGGCGAUUGCGAUAUAUACUUCGCUAGCAAUUGCUAUAGAAGACACUAGCAAAGAAUAUACAGACGACCUCAAAAGCUUUCAGCUACGAUUGUUCAACAGGCAGCCGCAGCCUAACCAGCUCUUGCAGGCCAUGGUGGAUUUCAUAGAUGUCUUGCGUGGCAUUUACGGACCCUUUGCUUGUGACAUGAUAGCAAAGUCAACUGCGGAAUUCAUAAGCAUAUGCGCUUUUGAGAGAAAAUACGGCGGAACACUACGUCCUUCGUCGAGUUCGCCAGACUUUCCUUACUAUCUGCGGCUAAAGACAGGAGUAGCAGAAGUGUAUGCCUUCUUCGCCUUUCCUGAAGUCCUGUAUCUAGAGGACGCAUUUUUGCAUGUCUACAUUGUAGCGAUUCCGGAUAUAGCUCGGUAUUAA